AUGCUAGGGUCAGAACUCAGUCAUAUCGUGUACUGUCUUACCAUGGAAGCUUUCUAUGCUAAACUCGAUUCGUACAUAAAUUCUCUCGAUGGGAAGAAACGUGCUAAGUAUACUAUUAAAAAUGAAACAUAUGAUAAUCUUUUAAAAGCUUUUAUAUCGGAUGCAAAAUGCAAUGCUCAAUUUAAGUUUUGGGCAAAGAAAAAUUUUGAAAUUAUUAAAAUCGAAGAUAAAAGUAUUAUUUAUUCAAUAAAAGAAAAAAGGUCUGUUGUCACGUACGAAAAUUUGUUUGAUAAAUUGAACGAAUGUCAUACGGCUGUAGGACAUCUUGGACGUGACAAAACAUGGAAUGAGUUGUUGGAAAACCAGAUUGUAUCACUUGGAUUUAUGACACGAAUGCAAAUGGAUUUAACAGAUAUGCGCAAUAUUAAAAUCAAUUUUUUUGAAGAAAAUGAUGCUAAUAAUUCGGCUAUACCUGAUAUUGAAGGUAUUAUGUUAGAAGAAAAUUUGCCACUAGAUGCAGCAACAUUAUUUGAAGAAUUUGAUAAAACAGUCUCACAAUCAGAUACUGAUAAUGAUGACUUAUUGUACAAUCAUAAUAAAUCUGAUAAUGACGAAGAUAAUGAUAAUUAUAAUUCAGUAAUAAAUUAUCCAGUUGAUGAUAUAAUACAAAAUUCACACCAAAAUGCAAUUGUUGAUGCUGAAGAGAACAUGAAUAACAAUGAUGAUCCGAUUACAUGGCUAAAUUCGAUAAUAGACUCAUCCGAUAAGGACAGAGUCAUUCAAUAUGGCGCAGAUUCGAGCAGUUAA